AUGCUGGGCGAUUCGUCCAACAUGCGCAAUCCGGUUACCGGAGCGGACGUGACAGUGGCCCCGAGAGGCGCUGUCCUCCUGGCGGACCUCCCCAGCCCCAAGCGCAUCCCGCCUUUGGAGGCUGGCACAUCCCUGCUCGUGUUAAUUCUCGCCCUCUCGAUCAGCCGGCAUCCCAUUAUCGACGACCUUCCGCCGUAG